GGGGCGUCAUGGCCGGCGUCGCCGUUGCCCCGGGCAACGGCGACGCCGGCCUAGUUGAGCUGUCAAAGCCCGAACCACAACGAAGAUAAACUCGCUCGAACUGACUGUAAAAGUUGGACAUCACCUUUAACUGCUACGAUGGAGGCGUCCGAAGUUGAGCAAAAGUUGCUCCGAGCCAUACCAGUUCACGUGAGAGUGGAGCGUGGUAUCAACUUGCGCGGCAGCAGGGGCGACGCGCUGGUGUCACUCGUGCGAGCCGAGUACGGUGCUACCCUGCUGGGGGAGUCGGCGAGUGUGCCGAGCGCUUCCGACAGCUCCGCGGAGUACGACUUCAGCGCCACGUUUGACUGCCUGUCCGAUGGCGCCACUGGUCUGGACGACGUGGCUCACAAGCCAGUGCUGCUGAUGGUGAUUGAAGUGCUCUCUAAAGAGAAGAAGCAGAAAGAAGAUAAGACUGUGGUGCUAGGCCAGGCCACAGUGGACCUCUUACCGCUUGUGCAAGGUCAAACCAAGUACAGCGCAACCGUGAAGGUCUACCCAGUGGCUGGGUCAUCUUUGGAGACUGUCUCAUCUGAAGCAGACUUGCCCAGCCUGGAGGUCUCCGUCUCAGCUCCAGAGCCUUUGCUUUCGGCCGAGCGCUUAGCCAAGAGCAACCUUCUCCGGAUAACGGUGGAGUCGGCCUACGGGGUUCCGGCCACGUGGGCCUCUGUGGGACCCAUGUGCAACUACACGGCCAGCCUGCCUGUGCCCAUUUCUGCUGAGAAAGAGCACGUGAACGUGUUCGCCAACGGAGCGUUACGGCCGGCCUCUGAGAAGGAAGCGUCUGCCCGGCCAAAGCGGUGGCCUUUAGCCCACGUGCCUGUCGGGGGCCUCCCUUGCAUCCCGGGUGCCAUCAUGCAGCCGAGCGCCUAUGAGGAGGAGGACGGGGAGCUCGCGCACAAGGAGGACUGGGAUUUCCGCAUGGAGGCAGAGAAUGAGAAAACACGCGUGACCUGGGACAUGGAGAGGCGCUGCUACAUGGAUCCAGGAGCUGUGGCCACCUUUCAGAAAAAAAUAGCCGAGAGCCGGUUCUGGCCUGUGGAGGUUGCCAAAAUCCAAAUCCCCAUGGCUGCAAAAGGAGGAAGGAGCAAGAGUGAAAAGGUUGACGAGGACUCUCAAAUUGGCUUUCACGGCGUCGCCUACGUUAACCUGGCUCCGCUGCUCUACCCCGGUGCCACGGUGGUGCGCGGUGCCUACCGAGUGCACCCCUACAGCGACGCCGAGAUGCUCGAAAAGACCAAGCGGACUGGGUUUGUGGUGCGCGAGGCCGCACGACUGGUGUGCAGCAUCGGGAGGGGCACAGGGCCCGGCAGUAUCGCUUCCCCGCACCCCAAGCCAGCGCCGAGUCGCCUGGGAAAGGAGAUCAUCAAAAAGAGUUCAACAGUUAAGCAUGUGGUCGACAACGAGUCUGAGUCAAGCAUCAUUCAGAACGCAGAGUCACAGCAAUACCUGGAGGCUCAAACUUACAUUGUGCUCGAGUUCUGUCUGGAGAAGCCACUCAUUCCUAAGAGGAAGCCAGAGGAACUGGCUAAGAGGGUGGCGGAUCUCAUUCCGCCAAGACCACCGAUGCCUCGCAGGAUUGCCAGUGCGCAGCAGGCGGUGAGCGACUAUCACGACCAGGUGGCGAAGGUGGCAUCGAUGGUGCUUGAUGAGUUCCGCGCGAUGUUCCCCGAGUGGAGUGGGGUCGAGGGGCCGCAGGAUGAUCCCGAGGGGCAGGAGAAGCGCAAGCGCCGUCUCCUGUACGAGCUCAACUCUUCGGGAAAGUACUUCGCCUUCAAGGAGCAGCUCAAGCAAGCCGUGGUGAAGAUCGUUCGUGAAAAGUACUUGAAGACGACGGCGUUUGAGGACCGAGAUGAGCUGCAGGCCUUCCUAGGCGAGCUCUACAUCUUCCUCAUCGACCAGAUGCACGUCUCUCUCAACAAGGUCAUGUCGACCGAUUCCGCAUUGUUUGUGCCCGAGUCGCUUACGGACUCCGUAGAACUGCGGAAUUACGCGCGUGAAGCAGAGCUCAAUGGAGACUCAGCGCUGGCGGCCAAGUACUACCAAGAGAGGCUGGCUCGAGACAAGAACAACCCCGACCACUGGUUUGACUACGGCGCGUUCUGCCUGCGCUCCGGGGAUUCCAUCAAAGCCGAGGAGUGUUUCCGCGAUGCCGUGGCGCUCGACCAAAGACACCUGGACAGCUUAGUGAUGUGCGGCGUGAUGUGCAACAAGAAGGAGCGGUAUGACGAGGCGGAGACUCUGUUUGAGAACGCCACCUCUGUCCACGCGAGCAGCUCUCUGGCCUGGACCAUGCUCGGGCUGUUUUAUGAGGGACAAGGAAAUGACAUCCGUGCGGACAAGGCAUUCUUGGAGGCUCAGCGGCAGAGUUCUGCAUCUGUGAUGAUGGUGAGGAUGGGAGGAAGAGGAGAGACGCCGCAUGUGCAGGAGUCAAGCCGGCUUCCAGCUGAUGAUGAAACUGCACUGCUCGAGGGCACCACUGUCAACGUCCCACACGAGGAGCCGCAGGAGGCGAUGGAGCCAUUGCGAGGGCAUAGCUCGGGCACCAGCCUCCUCACACGGACCCCGUCGCUCGACCCCAGCAACGCCAAGCUGAGCGGCGUUGGAGACACAGCCGACGAAGAAGCCACCGCCGCGGCCACCACAGCCGGUGGCACAAACGCGGGGCGAGACGACUUCAACAAUGACAAAGCCAACGGCGGGGCCAGCACAACCGAUGGAAACACGUCGGUCAUCGCCGCAGCAGAGGGCAGCGUGGGCAUGCCUCCUGGCCGAGAGUCGAGCGCCACACACGCUGCUCCUACCACGAGUGGCAGCGAGCAGGCGCUGGCUGGACGCCUGGCGGCGGACGUGGCAGCGGUGCGGGAGAUAGGACAGGGAGCUCCGCAGCCUACGGCUUCUGCUUCCACCCCAGCACCGGCUUCUACCAGCUCUAUCUUUAUGGAGGCAGCUCGCUUUCUCCUGGAUGCUGGCGCUAUCCAGCUCGCGGAGCGUGCCUUGGCGCUGGAGCUGGUAAGUGCCGGCGGGCGAGAGAGCGGGCGCUACUGCACGGCGCUGGCGCGACUGCUCAUGCUGCGUGGGGAGGUGAAGGAGGCGGAGGUGGCGCUUCGUGACGCCGUGUGGCUAGACCACCAGGACCCUGACGGCUGGGCCCAACUGGGUCACGUGUGCUUGUUGACGGGGCGAGUGGGCGAGGCCAAGGAUCAUUACCAGCGCACGCUGAGCUUCACGAGCGACGCGUCGGACACGCGCGCCGUGCUCAUGCGCCUGGCCUCCAUCUACACGCGAGACACACAGUUUGAGGAGGCCAAACAGGCGUAUCUCCAUGCCUGCAAGCUGUCUCCGUCCUGCUUGUCGUGGCUGGGCGUCGCCAUCACCUGCUACAGGCUGGGAGAACUGACCGAGGCGGAGGACGCCCUGGCUGAGGCCAACUUCCUCAACAACAGCAAUGCGGAGGUGUGGGCCUACCUGGCGCUUGUGUGUCUACAGACGGGGCGGCAGCUGGAGGCGGAGCAGUCGUACAAGUACGCCGUCAAGCUCAACCUGCAGGACGAGCUGCUCUUGAGCGAAAUCCACGAGGGGCAGCGGCUGGCAGGGUUCGGGAACCCGUCCUUCUGAGCUCCGCGGUUGCCCGCGCGCCACCGCCGCGUUUGCCAAGUGAAUGUAAAGCGGCGUGCGCAUGCACAUACACGCUCACAAGCGCUCACACGCACGCACACGCUCACACACGCGCCUCGUGCACGUUUAAACGGCGGCCGUUCGCCCACCACGUGCUGCCAACACUGACACUGAACGGCGGGCGGAAAGUGAAAAAUAGUUUCGGUAAAAUGCGAAAGGUGGGGAUUGAGGGUAGUGAGAUGGCUGGUACUAGUGGACGUUUGGCUAGUCAGUUGGGGUUAGGAGUGCGGCUCAUAGUAAUGGUUGGUUGGCUAGCAGGUUAGGUUGUAAGGAUAUUGUUAGGGUCAGAGGGAGAGCUAGUGUUAGCAGCUCGUCGGAUAGUCAGUUAUGGUUAUGGAUAGUGCUAACAUUGAUCGAACUUUCGCACUCCGCUCCAAAACCGCUUGCAUCUCUUCCCAUUUGCAGCGUAUGAACUUUCAGCUUUUGGCCGCGUUUUGUUUCUGGGGUUUAUAGUUUCGUCAUCUCCUGCUCGUGCAGCAUCCAUCACUGAGAGCAGCUGGUGGUAGCAAGAUUUGCUGCGCUGUAGUUGAACACAGCGGCCAACAAGUGAAACAUGAGCUCGCAGCCUCGAAUUGCGAGCAGUGUCACGCUCCAUCUGUACAGCCACGUCGAUGUACUCUAUUGACAAUAAAUAAACAUUCGUUCUUUAAAAUGAA